CCUUCUCGACGUAGCCUUUGGUGGCGGGAAAAGUUCGGAAGUUUUCGCGCCGGGGCGGGGUCAUCUGAGGACUCUCCGCGCGGGUCUGGAGGAAGCGGUUCUCUGGCGGCGAGCAUGGCGGGGACAGUGGUACUGGACGACAUAGAGCUGCGAGAGGCGCAGAGAGAUUACCUGGAUUUCUUGGAUGACGAGGAAGACCAGGGAAUUUAUCAGAGCAAAGUUCGGGAGCUGAUCAGUGACAACCAAUACCGGUUGAUUGUCAAUGUGAAUGACUUGCGCAGGAAAAACGAGAAGAGGGCUAACCGCCUCCUGAGCAAUGCCUUUGAGGAGCUGGUUGCCUUCCAGCGGGCUUUAAAGGAUUUUGUGGCCUCCAUUGAUGCUACCUAUGCCAAGCAGUACGAGGAGUUCUACAUAGGAUUGGAGGGCAGCUUUGGCUCCAAGCAUGUCUCUCCCCGGACUCUUACCUCCUGCUUCCUCAGCUGUGUGGUCUGCGUGGAGGGCAUUGUCACUAAGUGCUCUCUAGUUCGUCCCAAAGUCGUCCGCAGUGUCCACUACUGCCCUGCUACCAAGAAGACUAUAGAGCGACGUUAUUCUGAUCUCACCACCCUGGUGGCUUUUCCUUCCAGCUCUGUCUAUCCCACCAAG